AUGGAGCAUACUGAUAAAGUGAACCUUUUACAAAGAAGAGCACGAAGCUGGGGUAUUUACCAAAGGCAACACAAAUAUUGGUCUGAACAGGACACUUCCCAGCAGCACCAAGGUAGACAUUCAGAAGCAUGUGAUGCUCAUAUGGACAACCAAGCAAGACAUGCUCCAUAUGCCAUUCCACCCCAUCAUCAGAGAAGUAGUUUUCAGAAACAAGACCAAAUGCAUGUUAACAUGGAGACAAAGCAAAAGCCUCCAGAAAGAAGAAUGGAGAGAAACAGACAGGAUAAGACCUUUGGGAACUGGUUCAAGAUCAUCAUUCCCUUUGGUAUAAAAUAUGAUGAGAAGUGGCUGCUUAAUUGCAUUCUGAAGCAAUUCAGUGUGCCCUUCAUUCUAGUCAAAGUUCACUCUGAGAAAAUGCAAGCCCAGUUCUUUGUAGAGAAUGUCAACAUUGCCUGUGCAUGGAAGAAUGUCAACAGCAAGAUUUUCAGUGAGGAUAAUGAAAGAAUAUCUAUCUUUGUCGAACCCUGUGACACACCCCAGUCUGUGCAGAAGGCACUGAAGUCUGAAAAGGUGGGACAGAUAAAGCUUCCUGGAGACUUGAUAACCUGUCAUAUUGGAAUGACACAGAACUGUAGAAAUGGCAUGGCUGCUUCCCUGCACAUCCAUUCAGCAAUCAUGCCCAACUUGAGGACCUAGCUUUUGUCCUUGGACCUGAGCAACAAGAAGCCCUACCUGGUGCAUGGCCUGUCCACCCUAGAGAAUGCUUCCACCAAAAACUUGAACCUCUCCAACACUGAGGUGAAGGCUUCAGGGGAGAUGGACAACAGUCAGCAGCUGGAACCAGAAGGGAUGUAUGCAGACAGAAAUACUAUGUGCACCGCUUUCCGUGAUAACUACACCAUCCUGGAAUUGUUCCCCAGGUUAAAAAGCUUGGAUGGCCAGGAGACACUCUCAGGUUCUAAAUGUGCUGUGGAAGCCCCCAAGCGCUUACCAAUGUACAAGGGAAGUUUCUUUGGAUCUGAUCAGGUGAACAGUCAAAUCCUGCAAUUCUUGCAGCACUAUUACUUGAUCCAUGACUAUGGAGAUCGCCAGGGACUGCUGGGGUUUUAUCAUGAGGAGGCCUGCUUCUUCCUGACCAUUCCAUUCCACUCCAAGGACUCAGGCUUAAGCAGCACGUGUGCAUACUUCUUGGACAACAGGAAUAUGAAGACGCUCAAGGACCCCAACCUGCGUGUCCAGAUGCUGAAACACACAAAACAUGACAUUAUGCGUGCCCUCUGUGCAUUACCCAAAACUCAGCAUGACUUCAGCUCCUUUGAGGUGGACAUGUGUUUCCACACGGAAACGAUGUUCUGCUUCUCUGUCAGUGGGGUGUUCAAGGAAGUGGAAGGAAGUUCUCAGGGCUGUGUGCGUGCCUUCACCCAGACCUUCAUCACUACUCCCACCAGCUCUUCCAGUCUUUGUAUAGUGAAUGAAGAGCUGUUUGUAAGGGAAGCCAGUCCCAGUGAAGCUCAGCGUCUGCAUUCUCCAUCCCAGUGCCUACACUGUCGACCACGUUCAUGUUCCGCCUCUCCCCUGAGUAGCAGGAAAUGGUGUGGGCUUUCUCCUCCCAGUGUGGAAUCACCUCCAAUAGUCUCAGAAGUGACUUCUGGGUUUGCUUUGAGUUGGGAGGGAGCUGGGAGGAGUGGACGAGUGAUUAAUGGGAACCUGAAUGUAAAUUGUUUUCCUUGUUUAUUUCAGUUAUUUCUACCCUGAACAUUUCAUUUUUAGUACAUAGUAAGCUACUA